CUUUGAAGGAGCAGUCAGAAAGAAGCAGUGGGUAGGCUUGUCUCCCUGCCUUUCUUCCUCCUGGUUAACUAGACAUGUGAUUAGCAUUGCUGUCUACUGCUACGUUUGCUCUACAGUCUGACUGCUCUGCCUCCAGAGGGAAUACUGCCUGCAGGCAACUGCGUCAACACCAAGGUAAGUCUGAUUUUUAAAGAUUUAUCUAAAUGAAAUAAAAGAGUUGAUGCAGGUGUUAUCUCUAAGAGGUAAGAGACCUAUCUGUUGCUGCUUUGUUUCUAUGGAAAACAGAGAUUUGGCUAAUUUUGUUGGAUGGUAUUUAUAUUCUUCAAAGUUGCUCAUGCUUAAAAAUCAAGACAUAUUUUGUACUAUUUGUCAAGUUUCUUCUUAGAUAUACUGUCUUUAGGCAGUGAUUGAAUAGAGAGAAAAAUAAAGCUAUAGCCGGUGAAACUAUUCCACGUUUGCACGUUUCAAGGUGAUCCAUCCUUUAGCAAACACCUGAAUGUGCACCUGUUCAGAAGUGUGAGCAUAGCACAGAAAAUCUAGAUGGCUCUGCUUUCUUUUGUUGGGAUAAAUACAGAAGAAAUGUGUAAAAAGUACUCUAAAUCCUAAAAGCAUUAUUAGAUCUUGAUGAAUUGUAAAAGGCAAGGUUUUAUAACGCUUCCUUGUAAGAUACUGAGGUGCCCACACCCGUUUGGUAAACACAAACGCCGCCGCCGGGUCAUUCUGUGGGAAACUUUUUUUGCAAUAUGUCAGAAAUCUGAAUGUGCACUCAGUUUCUGCCGCUCAGACGGGACUCACCGGCUUGUUUUGACCACUUUCAGAGGCUGAAAUUAGAUUAAGCUCGAUUAGGCACUUAGACAAUUAUGUGAUGUUCCUGAGCAUUCCUUUACAUCUCCCUGAAUAUAGAAGACUUCUGCAUGUAUGGAGACGUCCCACAUGAGCGGAGUGACCUCAUCCUCUGAAACCAAAGCGUUAUAAAAACUAGACCAUGUGAAAUAUUCAUGCAGGCUCAGUUUAACUUGAUUAAGAUCCCUGAGUAAUGUGACGGUUUCGACUCUGCCAGACUUUUCCAGAUCACAGGACUCAUGCAUGUCGGAGAGAAAACUCCCUCAGAUAAGCGGAACAAUCACUGAUCCGUGGUCGACAAAAUAAUUUCUGUUUGCUGUUCUCUCCUAAAGAAAAUUUGAAGAAAACUCUGCAUGCUUUCCUAGAGGCUGACCAAAAACAUGCAAUCAGAUAUUUAAAAUAGCAAACAACAAAACAACUCCAUAGUAAGAGCUGUAGACAAAGUGAAUCAUCUAUAAUAUAGAUUUCAUGGUUGUUUACUUAUUUGAUCACGUGUCACCUUGAUUGUUGUUUUUUGCCUCUUCUUUCUCCCUGGUUGGACUCCAGCCAUCUCUUCUGCCUAACACGCACACUGCCUGACCGCUUGUUUACAACAUUUUGUCAGCCACUCUGACACGUAUGGGAUUUUUUAGGGAUUCGUCCCAAUUGGGUAAUGAGUGUCUGACUGAUAGCCGCAUGCCAGGGAUGUUUUUAACACCAGUGAGAGUGGCUGACUUCUCAAUUUGACAUCCUAAAUGGUAAACACAUUAUGAGUGCUUGACUGUAGCCAUACUUAGGCCCCUCACCAGACCAGACCAGUCCUGAUUUUGUUUCUCAUGACUCUGCUGUAGUUCGAAGCAGUUGUGUGCCAGAUCUAGAAGCUGCAGAUGCAAACAGGCUCAACAUACUCAUUCACAGAUGUUUGGGUAAUGGAUCUGGAGAGGAGGUUGAAGCCAACAAUGUCCAAGUUGCUUCAUUUUGCCUCAUUCUAAAAUAUCUGUUUGUAUUAUUCUUAUUUCUAGCUCCUGGAAGCCUGCCGACUCCCAGACAUCAAACAAUCAUGCCUGGCACCACAGAUGGGAAGAAGCUGGACCUCUCCAAGCUCACAGAUGAGGAGGCCAAACAUGUUUGGGCCGUCGUCCAGCGAGACUUUGACCUGAGGAAGAAGGAGGAGGACAGACUCGGGUAAUCAAAGCCUAUAUUUAUCUCAUUUCUGUUUGGUACAACAGCAUAUUCCAGGCGUAGGUUUAUUUGAAGUGGAGUUGCAUGAUGUACUUUUUAGUAGUAUGUGCAUAAACAACAGGAGAAUGCCAAUCAGCUGGGCUUCUUUGUCAAGAAACUGGCUGGAGAACAAUAACAGAAGCUUGGCUGCAGACAGGAUCAACUCUAUCAUAUAGUUUAUUUAUUUUUGAUUAAUUAACUCCAAUCCAAACACUGCUGUCAGACUAAGUAUAUGCUUAAGUUAGCUUUAAACUCUACUUAAAGCUCUGUCACUCAUGCAACACACCUGCAGUGCAUGGAUCCGCUGGAGUCUACAGGCACCAAAUGAAAUACAAAAGUCUAAAUGUGCAAAAACAAGCUGGAGGGCAUGUGUUCACUCCCCCAAAGAUACACGUAUAAACCUGUUUCCAAACAUCCUUUUAUGUGAUAUUUUAUGUGGUACACUUUAAAUGUAGGCACAUUUUCAUUCCUUGUAUUGGUAUUGAAAACCUAAGUGAUUAUUUUACCCACAUUUGAGGUGUGAAGGAACCUUAGUUCAUGAGGAGAAUUAAUGAGCCAGGGUGCGUUGUGCCCGGAUUACCUUGUGUGAGGGACCGCCCUCUCCUCAGAGCAAAUUCGGGAGGGAAAAUGACUGACUCGGGACUCCGUUUUUCUGAACUUUUCCCCUGUGUUUUUCAGGUUAGUACUCUGUGAAAUCCACACAAUCAUACCCUUACAUCUAAACAGUGUUAAACUAAAUUUAGCGCGAGUUUGAAGUGUGUUGUUGACGGACCUCAGCGUGUGACUUGGAAAGAGAGUAGCUUAGCGCGGGAAACGAUUAGCAUACAACCUGUGUAGUUUAUAACCCUGCGAUAUAUACACUCACCGGCCACUUUAUUAGGUACACCUGUCCAACUGCUCGUUAACACUUAAUUUCUAAUCAGCCAAUCACAUGGCGGCAACUUAGUGCAUUUAGGCAUGUAGACAUGGUCAAGACAAUCUCCUGCAGUUCAAACCGAGCAUCAGUAUGGGGAAGAAAGGUGAUUUGAGUGACUUUGAACGUGGCAUGGUUGUUGGUGCCAGAAGGGCUGGUCUGAGUAUUUCAGAAACUGCUGAUCUACUGGGAUUUUCACGCACAACCAUCUCUAGGGUUUACAGAGAAUGGUCCGAAAAAGAAAAAAUAUCCAGUGAGCGGCAGUUCUGUGGGCGGAAAUGCCUUGUUGAUGCCAGAGGUCAGAGGAGAAUGGCCAGACUGGUUCGAGCUGAUAGAAAGGCAACAGUGACUAAAAUAACCACCCGUUACAACCAAGGUAGGCAGAAGAGCAUCUCUGAACGCACAGUACGUCGAACUUUGAGGCAGAUGGGCUACAGCAGCAGAAGACCACACCGGGUGCCACUCCUUUCAGCUAAGAACAGGAAACUGAGGCUACAAUUUGCACAAGCUCAUCGAAAUUGGACAAUAGAAGAUUGGAAAAACGUUGCCUGGUCUGAUGAGUCUCGAUUUCUGCUGCGACAUUCGGAUGGUAGGGUCAGAAUUUGGCGUCAACAACAUGAAAGCAUGGAUCCAUCCUGCCUUGUAUCAACGGUUCAGGCUGGUGGUGGUGGUGUCAUGGUGUGGGGAAUAUUUUCUUGGCACUCUUUGGGCCCCUUGGUACCAAUUGAGCAUCGUUGCAACGCCACAGCCUACCUGAGUAUUGUUGCUGACCAUGUCCAUCCCUUUAUGACCACAAUGUACCCAACUUCUGAUGGCUACUUUCAGCAGGAUAAUGCGCCAUGUCAUAAAGCUGGAAUCAUCUCAGACUGGUUUCUUGAACAUGACAAUGAGUUCACUGUACUCAAAUGGCCUCCACAGUCACCAGAUCUCAAUCCAAUAGAGCAUCUUUAGGAUGUGGUGGAACGGGAGAUUCGCAUCAUGGAUGUGCAGCCGACAAAUCUGCGGCAACUGUGUGAUGCCAUCAUGUCAAUAUGGACCAAGCUCUCUGAGGAAUGCUUCCAGCACCUUGUUGAAUCUAUGCCACGAAGAAUUGAGGCAGUUCUGAAGGCAAAAGGGGGUCCAACCCGUUACUAGCAUGGUGUACCUAAUAAAGUGGCCGGUGAGUGUAUAACGAUAUUAAAAAAUAGAGGAAUUUUCACCAGAUGACCAGAAUAGCACUUUAUGUUGUGCUGCUCUGCUGAAAUCUUGAGGACAGUUAACCUGCACUGAUCUAACCUGUCUUAGAGAUGUUUUUAUCUGGCUUUUAUUGUGCUGGGACUUAUACUCUUCCUUGUGGCACCGCCGACACAGAACAGGUGUAUGGUGAGGUCAUCCUUCUUGUAACCGAAAUUCAUCUUCAAUGGUAAGUGACGUCGCUUUUAUUUUUGUCGUUGAUCUUAGGCGGCAAGUGACGUUGCUUUUCUUAUUGUCAACGAGUAUUAAUCUUAGGCGUUAAGUGACGUUGCUUUUCUUUUGUUCGUUUCUCAUUCUGCAAUCGUUGAUGUUGUGCCGGGUGUUCCGGUUUAACUGGUGAUCAUAUUAACUGGUGAGAUUUUGAACCAGAUGUUGGCUGUUCCGCAGAUUCGCCACAAAAGCCUCAGUCCGAACCGAACGGUCGCCGGCACUUUCAAGGAGAAAAACUCCGCAAACAUCAGCGCUUUUCACAUAUAUUGACAACCAGAGAUCCCGACCAAACUGCCAACUCAAAUAAGCACUAAAAAAAAAAUGAAGAUAAAAACAUUACGAUAAACACAGCUGGGCGUCGCAAGGAGGACUCGAACUCACAAUGCAAAUAAGAACUAACAACGAGGGGCGAGCGCGCUGCUGUAACGCCACGGAUCAGCUUACUGAGCUCCUCGUGUACCUCAUACUUGACAUCCACUUUUUACAGGGUGUCACCACAUAAUCUGCUUCUAUAGAGAAACACGCCCAUAUUAGCUGGUGACUCCAGAAGCCUGCCCGUGUUAUAUUGUGACGAUUAUCUCAUAAUACACACCAUUUCUUCUUAAAAGUCUGCGACAGCGGUCACUCAUGGGUGUAUCGCAGUGCCUUUGUGUAAAGAGCCCAUGUUAACUCGCGAGACGCAUGUGUGAUAAAUUGUGAAGAUCGACCAUUAAACACUGGACUUUUUUUUUUAAAAAAAAAGAGUAUUCAUUAAAACUGCAUGCAGGACAGAAAUACUCCUUAUCAUGAUCGCGAUUCCCCACACAGUCAGAAUGAUGCCAAUACUGGCAGUUUGUACAUUCAAUCUGAAAAGGAGAGCAAAGACAAUCACAGCGGUUUUGGUCCUACAACAAAUGUCGUCAUAUCCGAUCAGAACCGAGGGGGUUUUAUUGCCAUUCUCGAUGAACAGGAUUCACAGACUUAUACCGAUCGUGCUUUUUCCAAUGAAAAGUGAUGCACUGCAACACGCCCAUCAAUGUGACCGCGGUCGUAGACUUUGCUAAAAAGAUCCAUGAUUUAAAUGAUCACCGAUGCUCACAAUUUCUCAGGUGCUACUGCUGUCACCUGCUAACAUGGGCGUGUUUCUCUACAGGAGCAGGUUAUGUGGUGACACCUUGUAAACAGUGGAUUACAAGUAUGAGGUACACGAGCUGCUCAGUAAACCGAUCUGUGGCGUUACAGCAGCGCGCUCGCCUCUCGUUGUUAGUUCUUAUUUGCGUUGCGAGUUCGAGGACCAAAACCGCUGUGAUUGUCUUUGCUCUCCUUUUCAGAUUGAAUGUACAAACUGCCAGUAUUGGCAUCAUUCUGACUGUGUGGGGAAUCCCGAUUGCGAUAAGGAGUAUUUGUGUCCUGCGUGUAGUUUUAAUCAAUAAUCGUUUUAAAAAAAGUCCAGUGUUUCGUGAUCGAUGUUCAAAAUGUAUCACACAUGCGUCUCACGAGUUAACAAAGGCUCUUUACACUUGGUACACAUGGUAGACAUGGUACACUGCGAUACGUCCAUGAGUGACCGCUGUGGCAGACCUUUCAGAGGAAAUGUUGUGUAUUAUGAGAUGAUCGUCACAAUUGAACACGGACAGGCUACUGCUGUCACCACCUAAUAUGGGUGUGUUUCUCUACAGGAACAGAUUAUGUGGUGACACCCUGGAAACAGUGAAUGACAAGUAUGAGAUACGCGAGGUGCUAAAUAAGCCGAUCUGUGGCGUUAUGGCAGCGCGCUCACCCCACGAUAUUUGUUCUUAUUAGCGUUUUGGGUUCGAGUCCUCCUUGCGACGUUCAGCUGUGUUUCUCACAAUGUUUUUCUCUUUAUUUUUUUGUGCUUCUUUGAGUGGAUGACAGUAGAUGACAAGUAUGAGGUACAAGAGAUGCUCAGUAAGCCGAUCUGUGGCGUAUAUUUUUUGUGUCCAGUCUGACUGUCGUGUUGAUUUGUGUCUAAUUGUCAGGUAAACUAGAAGAAGGCUAAGCUGAGGUCAGGACACUGUGUGUUUCAAUAGUAAGUGCGAGAGGUAAGUUGUGUUUGUGUGAAAGGUAAGUUACAGUAAGGCUGGUAGGUAAGAUUCAGUUAAGUGAAAAGUAACAGGUAAGAAAAACAGGUAGGGCUGUUGAUAGGGCUAAGUCUGUGAAUCCUGUUGAUCGCCAGUGGCAAUAAAACCCCUUCUGAUCUGAUCGAAUAUGACUACAUUUGUUGUAGGAACAAAACCGCUGUGAUUGUCUUUGCUCUCCUUUUAAAUUGAAUGUACAAACUGCCAGUAUUGGCAUCAUUCUGACUGUGUGGGGAAUCCCGAUUGCGAUAAGGAGUAUUUGUGUCCUGCGUGUAGUUUUAAUCAAUAAUCGUUUUAAAAAAAGUCUAGUGUUUCGUGAUCGAUGUUCAAAAUGUAUCACACAUGCGUCUCACGAGUUAACAAAGGCUCUUUACACUUGGUACACAUGGUAGACAUGGUACACUGCGAUACGUCCAUGAGUGACCGCUGUGGCAGACCUUUCAGAGGAAAUGUUGUGUAUUAUGAGAUGAUCGUCACAAUUGAACACGGAAAGGCUACUGCUGUCACCAGCUAAUAUGGGCGUGUUUCUCUACAGGAGCAGAUUAUGUGGUGACACCCUGGAAACAGUGAAUGACAAGUAUGAGAUACGCGAGGUGCUGAGUAAGACGUUCUGUGGCGUUACGGCGGCGCGCUCACCCCUCGAUACGUGUUCUUAUUAGCGUUGUGGGUUCGAGUCCUCCUUACGACGUUCAGCUGUGUUUCUCACAAUGUUUUUCUCUUUAUUUUUUUUGUGCUUCUUUGAGUGGGCAGUUUGGUCGGGAUCUCCGGUUGUCAAUAUAUGUUAAAAGCACUGAUGUUUGCGGAGAUUUUCUCCUUGAAAGUGCCGGCGACCGUUCGGUCCGGACUGAGGCUUUUGUGGCGAAUCUGCGGAACACUCAACAUCUGGAUCAGAUUUACCUUAAAUCUCACCAGUUAAUAUGAUCACCAGUUAAACCGGAACACCGAGAAACACCGAGGAUUGCAUGUACCUCUCAAAAACGCGCACUGCUUAUAGCAGAGUUGUCCACGGAAAUGUACAAUUUGAAACCCAUACAGUUCUUAGUUGUGGGGCUAAACAGCGAUGAAUAAUGUUCCCAAAGUAAGUAAGUAAUUCUGAAAGUAGCGACUCACUCCAUGUGCAGGCUACGUGCAUGGGCGUGGUUUCCUCCUCUGAUUUUGAAUGACGGCUGGCAGGGUGGUCUGAUUGGCAACUGAGUAAAGAAUGAGUGUGAUAUGUGGAAAGAUGCACAGCACAUGCAGAGUCACAUGCAGUUUAUCUCAGUCAGCUACCCUUGAAAUUAGAUGAGUUCAUUCACCUCAGACAUCGCAGGCUCUGAAAUGUCACUAUUGCGCGCACAUGCACAUCGCGAUGACGAUGUGAAAAGAAGUGUUCCUGAGCCUUGUGGAUUAAAACUCAACUGUUGUUUAGAAUGAGAAAUAUUUCCUUUGCCGUAUGUCUGAUAUUUUUGAUAGAAGCAGUCUUAUAUUGCAGUAAGCAGUUUAAAGGGCAGGUUUACUGUUUUCCAGCACCCUGUUGAUUUAUAUUAAUUCGUCUGUCUUGUCUGAUUUCAUGAGACGAAGUUGUCUACAACAGAGUAUUAAUGCUGAAAAGUUGCAUUCUGAUAUUAAAAUGGGCCUUUAAUGAAUGUUAUAAAGGGGAGAACCAUAUGGAGUGGACUUUGUUAAAGAAGCAUAUGGACAUUCUCACUGUGGACAUUCUAACAGACAUUCAUGCAUUGAGGAACAUAUUACAUGGUUUAUAUGUGUUUUUGGUAUCGCAAUAGAGAGCAAAUUCAGGAAGAAAAAUGAAUGGAUUGGGUCUCCAUUUUUCAGAAUUUUUCCUCUGUUUUUUCAGGAAUAGAGAGGCGCUGAACCAAAAAUCAUUUGUUAUGGUAAAAUCCACCUGUGAAACCUGAAACACUUACACUAAACAGUUUUGCAUGACAAAAGGAUAUACCCUGUAGCUGUUAGCAUUCAGUUUUGAUUGAGUUGUAGGAUUUACUUCACUAAUUAUGGAUCAACGUUUUAUAUGCUUGCAGAAAAAAAGGUUUAAUGAAGUAAUUUCUUCACAUGGCAGUUUGUAUAAUCAAUAUGGGACUCACAUAACGCUGCGAGCCAACAAUCAAAUGUUCUGUUUUCAAGGCCUGUAAAGCUUCAUAGUCUGCAUGUUUUUUAUUGAGUAAAGAUGACUGACAUUUGGUUUAAAUUUAGUAAUACUGAAUAGAAAUUACUCACUGAGGUCCAGACUGCUGAUCUGUUACAUCACCUGCAGAUGGUUCAGUCAUUUGCUGCUAAUCCACUGAACCUCUGAUCACAUGUCUCUGCAGAAAUAAUGACUAAUGGAUGGUUUACAUGGCACAAAGCUCUCACACAAGAGCAGAAGGAAAGGUUUGGGAAUAAUCAUGGACUGUAUAAAACAUGGACAUUACUUUUCUGCAUGUUUGCUGUAGUUUCAUUCCUUUUCUCUCAGUGUAAACUACUAAACAUGCAGUUUAUUCUUAACUCUUAUAGGUCGGUACAUUUAUGUCUGAGAAUCUUUCACAAAAACAGGCCCUAAAAACCGCCCCUUCUUUGAUUUCCAACUCUUUGUUUGCGGUCCCAGCGUCAGUCUCUCUCCGUUUCUUUGUUUUCCUUUGAAGCGAGUCGUUCUUUGCCACUGAGGCAACAGUUGUUUUCCUCUAAGGCGUCUGCUGUCUUUAAAUAGGUACAGAUCUUCAUGUGGUUUACAUAUAAAACUGUCACGCCUAAAUCUUGUUAAGCCACAUGUGUUGGAUCAUUAACAAAAGCUUAUUUUAGUGUAGACUUUGCUUCCUUCUCACAAAAUAAUCUUAAAAAAACAGAUAUCAUUAAAAUUUUGAUUUAAAGCUGCUGAUCCAUCCUAAAACUAUAUUAGUUAAUUUAAUUUUUGCACGGCCGAUUGUACUUUUUUAAUUAUAGAAAUAGGUUUACUUUGCAAAAUGACACUGAAUUAUAGUAAAUCUGGAGCACUCCAAAGCACUGCAUCAGAUAUGACAGACGUGACGGUCAAUACCAAGGUGGGAGAGGAGCAACGUUUGUAACCUAGCAACAGUAAUAGUGCUUUGAAAUCGAGAUAGGCGCUCAAAGUUUCCAUUUACAGGGACAUUUGAGGCUUUGGAGUAUCCCUGGCAUUAAAUCACUUUGAAUCACAUGUUUAUAGAGACAAAUCCUGAAGUUAUUAACACUUAAAAAUGAAAUAAGUAGACAAAUAAAUCAGCAGUGCAGCUGUAAACUCAAGUUAAUGCUAAUGUUACAGCUAGAAAAGGACUGAACUUGUGUGGUUGGACUCAGAGAGAAACUCACCAUGUCUGAGAACUUGAGUCCUCUUGGCCGUCUGUGUCUCAGUGAGCGUCUGGCUGCUGCACCCAGAUUCCUGAACUCUGCCAGCGAAGCAAAAGCUCAGCAGUACCUGCUUUUAAUCAAAUACUGAGGAAAGGAUGGGAUUUCUAUGGAAGUCUUUCAGAAUGUUACUUAGUAACACCGACUAGACGAUGUAAAAGUCCAAUAAGUGUAAGGAAGAAAAUAGCUGAACCAUUAGGGCCUGUUUCCACUGACACUUUUUUUUCUUUUUAUACAAUGAGCUUCUUUAGUGAAGGACUCAACAAAAAGAAAAAGUCAAUUUUAUAUUAAUAUUUUAUAGUUUUCACAGAGGCAGAAAUCUCUGGUCUUGAGAAAUAAAGAUUGAUAAACUGCAGUUCCUUUUGUGUCCACUUGAGGCUGGCUCCAAAAGUUAAGGAAGCCACACACACACCCAUUCUAAAAGCAUAUUUAUGAACUUAACAGCAGAAACAAACAUGUUUAUAGCCUGGUAUGGAAACAUUUUCGGUCUGUAUGGCAUUUUUUUUUCUCACACAUUGUAGAUAUUAAGGUGAUGACUUCUGCAGUAAUAAGGGCAUGACUGACUUGUUUGAUGGGUGGGAACAGUGUAGCUGUUAGAGACAAAGCUGAAGCCCACCUUAAAUGUACGUACUGUAUUUUUUUCCUUUUUUUUUUUUUUUUUUUUUUGCUUGAUUGACCUGAAGUAAAUAAGACGGGACGUAGCCAUUGCACUUGUCUUGAAACUUGGCCAUGCCAGACACGUAUCAGCGCCGUAAAGUGCCAGAAGCUGCUCACAGCCCACAUCUUAUUUGAAUCUGUGGGACUUGGUGUUUCAGAAGAGGGCUGAUUUUACAGAUAUUACUUUUAAAUCACAUCACUAAUGGCCACCAGCUGUAUCCGCAGAAGUUAUGUGAUACUAACAAAGAGUCCUAUUUAUCCCUGUGAUUCGGGCUCUGAUUUAAAAAGCAUGGCCUUGAAAAAAAGCUUCAAUAAACAGUAAAUAUCCUCUCAUCCUCGGUCAACGCUUGUGCCAGACUCCGCCCACGCUCAGCGCCAUUUGGGAUUUGUUAUCUGAGCUUUUCCUCCCUGCUACUGUCGGCAUCUCACAGCGCUGAGCUGAGGAAGUAACUUUUCCAACAAUCAGCAGAAGUUUACUUUUAGAUUGACUCAGAGCAAUGAAGUCAUACAGUAUGAGACGUCAGUGCAGAGGGCCGCCAAAGGAAGAGGGGGAUGUCCGUUUCAUAAAGGGGUUAGCAUCACUUACUGAAAUCUUAAUUUUUAAAAACUUGAUUGGGAUUAUUGCAGCACUAAUAAAUUUGUAAAUUAAACAUAAUUGGCUUUAGACCAAUCAGUGAGAAACAUUGUUUUAGUGAGUGUCAUCUGUAAUCCUUCUCCUCUGUGUUUAGUCACUUACCUUGUUUUAAAACAAACUCAAAGCUUUGUGAAUUGUUUUUAUAGUUAUAUGACCGUAAAAGGAGCUUCUUCCUGGAAAAGGUCAGCUGUAAUACAAUGCAGUAUGUCAGUGUAACCCAUAAUCAGUAAGAACUCCAGUGAGAUGCUGCUACUAGAAACCAACCACAUUGUGCUGCUUUGUGUAACAAAACCAGGGUGAUACAGGGAGGUUUUUCAGAUAAUACAAGGCUUAAACAAAACCAGCAUUUGGUGUUUUCAAGACCACCUAAACUGAGACCAAAACCAGAGUGAAACAAGAACAAAUCAAGACCAAGAUAUCAGGGGACUGAAACUAAGACGAGCAGAGGCUGAGCACGCUGCAAAAACUCUUAACUGAGCGAGGGUUUUUGUCUUAAUGUUUAAAAUUGUGUUACCAGAUCUUCAUCAAGCCACAUAUUAAAAAAAAAAAACUUAGACCUGAAUGGUUAAGGCACCAUAUUUUGUCCAAAAACCUCAGCUGUGGAAAGUUCUGUUGAUCAGAUGGGCACCUUUCCCUCACCUGUGGUUACAAACAUAAAAAGUUCUCCAUUGGAGUGUUUAGUGAAAGUUACAGGAUCUAAUCCUUAUAAAAACUUUUUGGUCUUUUUCCUUCAAUCUGAACUGUUUCUUUUUAUUUCUAACCGUUGCACUAAAUGUUUCCUGGAGAAGCUCAGCAGCUUUUUUUCUGCUUUCAGUUACUUUUCCGUUUACAUAAUACUCGUAGAAAGUUGCCAAUUGAAGCCAUGUGUUGCUGCCCAACGGCCGACAUGUUGACUCAUAAAAUCUCAGAACAAGGAAAUUGAAUUUGGUUUAUUUUUUAUUUUUUUAGGUGCAAAAACAAAAAGUAUGAGGUGAUUCAUAAAGUGACCUUGAGCUGUUUUUGUGUGAUUAUUUGCUUUGAUUCAGAGAGCGGCGUUAAUACUAUAAGACAUGGUUAGCUUAGCUUAGCAUAAAUCGUGCAGUCAGGGGGAAACAGCCAGCUGCCCGGUUCUGCUCAAAACACACCAACCACACAGCAGUAAAGCUGUCUUUUUUCAUGUCCCAAUACAUAAACAUGAACAUGAAAAUAAUAUUUGUGGUUCUGGGAGGAGUUAUACAUUGGAAAAAUUUAUAAGCACAUAAUAGCUAAUACUUCAGCUCAGUGUUUCUGUGUGGCCUCUACAGCUAGAGCGGCUGGUUUGGUUCUGGUUUGAGUCUUUGUGCCAGAUUCAUAUACGUUGUUUUAUAUCUGAACUUUCUACUUCAGUUUUUCUCUCUUUUCAGUUGCAGCUUCAUGUAUCAGACCGAGAAAUAAAACCCCGCAAUUAACUAUCAGCCCUUCUCUAACCUGUCAAGUACCAGAUGGCGAUGUAGCCCUGUAAAGCCUCUCUGUUACUGAAUCAUACUUUGGCUUAAACUUUUUCCAACUCUUGUGUUUUCAGGGAGCUCAAGACCAAAAUCGAAAAGGAGGACACCAAGAGAGAGCUGCUGGGCAACCAGACCAGCCUGACCGAGUCACACUGCAUCCGAUGUCUCGAACCCUUCAAGUUCCUGGUCAACAGCAGGCGUCAGUGUCUGGACUGCCAGCUCUACACCUGCAAGUCCUGCAGCCGCUUCAACAAGAAGGAGCAGGGCUGGGUGUGUGAUCCCUGUCACAUGGCCAGGUGGGAAAUUACACAUUUGAGACUCAAAAAUGAGACCACAGAGUUGGCCAAAAACUGGAAAGUCUCACCAAUAAAACAGCGGAGAUCCAGUCGUAUUUCUAACCUCGGCUAGGGAGCACAUUUAUGGCACAUUUAAAACUUCCAAAACAGCAAAGAAUUCAAUGAGCUAUGCAGUAAAUUUUCAACCUGCACCCCAGCGCUGCCUGUGACUGCCUAUUUUUCCAUGCACAAAGUAUUUUAGUUUUAGGUUUUAGCGAAAGGCUCAACAUGCAGUUCAACUCUUCUUUUAUUCCCUUUACAUGCGGACAUGCACGCUUUAAUUACCUCCCCAUUUUAAAGGUUAAUGCGUCUUUUUGCACACAUCCAAAAACCUUUCGUUUAAGCGCUUUAAAAAGAGUUUAUCAUACCAGAAAGACAUGUAUGCACGUCUUUUAUGCAUGCAUCUGCAGACUGUUGAACGUGUGUUUCCAAUCAUCAUCAAGAAAACCUGUUGACACUCAUUUUCAUCAUAUCAUCCCAUGUUUUUUUAUCAGAACAUGAUCUAAUGGGGAUAAUCUGGUCGUUGGGAUUCUAGAGGGACAUUACUUUUCUUUAUUACACACUGACUAACAAGUCUGAAGCAACAGACGUUUUUGCAAGUGAAGCUGCUCCUCAAAUCCGUGGGGUGUAGUUCAGGGUUCAGAUCAUAUCCGUCACAUCUAGCCUGCGCCACUAAUUUGAUUUCCUGCAAUAAAAGCGUUUAAUCCUCGUGAAAACACUUGGUUUCCAAGUGAAGACUGUUUUGUAGAGUGCUGUGUCACCAUGGUGAAGUGUCCUGUUUCAGAUCAGAUCACACAAAGUAACUCGAUUAAAUUAUUCAAACUAAGUCGUGUAUCAUGCAUCUACACAAUCAUACAGCAUAUCACUGAGCAGCAGGAGUUCAGUCAGUAGGAUGUGGGACCAGAGAGAAACAGGAUCAGGUCCUGUAAGGGACCAGAGUAAAGUUUACAGGAGAGUUGCCAGUUUACUUUGAGGGCAGGGUGCUCUUGGGCAUCUGCCAGCUGCACAGGGUGCCCAGUGGUGUGCAGACUCCUCCCUCUGACGUCCUCCAUCUUAUUUGAUCCGCUCUGAACAAACUGAAAAUCACACCUUAGGUGCAAACAGUCGCUGCUGCUUCACUUAUUUUAUUCGUUUGAUGACUCAAAACAGUCACUACUCAGCGUCUGUGAGUAUCAAAGGACUAAAGUAAUACAUUUGUUGGCUCAUCAGCACCUGAUGGCUAACAGAUGUCAGCUUGGUUUGACUAAUGUUGAUUUCCUUCAGUCAAGUACUCUACUGGUCCCUGUGGUCCGCAGAAACCCAUAUGCCGUGAGCAGUCGGGGGUUCGUUGUGUCUGUUUUUCCAGCACGCUCUGACAGCACAUGCAGCGUUGACUGACGUUUUGGCGUUUUUCAUUGACACUGCUGAAACGUCCUUUUCUACUCGAGCUUUACUGGAUGCAGCAUUAGCAUUACAAGCAGGCAGAUCGGUCCAGCUCCAUAUGUUACCAUUACACUGUUAUUUGAUCAGAUGAGGCUCGGCGACGGAAGGUCUCUCUCUCUGAACUCUGCGAAUCAUGAAAAACAUGCAGAAUAUUUUGGUCAUUGCAUCAGUCAGGAGUGUCUUAAUUACACUUUUUGUGACCAAGGAGGAACGUUUAGUAAAUGUUCAACAGAUUUUUAGUCCCUGGAGUGUUUUCUGUAAUUACAGGAGAUUAAUCCAUGUAUAUAGUCAUUACAGUGACUGUUAAUAAGAGGUGAGAAAAGCCUCUUUAGAUUCAAUGAGUGUCUGUAACAUCCAUUUCUUCCCAUGGCUUCUCUGGUUGCACACAGUACAAAACAUGGGUGUAGUCUUAAUGCUGUCACUCAUUGGUUUCUACUGGGAUGGUCUCAGCACAGUGUUGCCUCAACCUAAAUUUCAGUCAGUGUAGACUUCCUGACAACCAGCUAGAUCAUGCAAAUCAUCUGUAUCCACAAUCAUGUAUAUUAUAAAGUAUAUUUCUUAUCUUUUAUGAUACAUUAUAAAAGAUUUCACCCCCAUGCAGUGUGUGCCAGUAAAGAAAAGACUUUAUAGGUGAUUGAAAACAAGCUGUAAAUAUGUUCAUUUCAGCUGCAAUGUGCAUUUUAACACGAGACCUUAUGAAGGUCCCUCAGCCUCUGAAGCCGGUCUAAAGAGCUGCACUUCUGCAUGACUCUGUAACCCUGAAAACUGGUGUGGUGGUGUACAAGAGAACAAAGUAAUGUACACAUGAAGGGGUGUUUUAUAUUGAACUGCCAGCUUUCUUUAUUUGAAUGUACGCAUCACAAGAAAAAAACACGUGGAUGUUUCAACACAUAAAUUGGCCGAAUGGGGAAUCUUUAGCUUUUGCAACCAGCCUCAAGUGGUCACCGUAUGAACUACAUGUUUUUGCACAACUAUCAGCUUCAUUUAUUGUUUUACCUCUGGAAGCUGCUCACUGCUGAAUCCAAACAUAUAAAGAUAUAUUUUAAAAUUUAUCAUCUUUAUUGAUUAGUUACUUUCCUUCUCAGUUUAGUGUCAAGUAUGCAAGAGACAUUUUGUCCAAGGCAACAUAAUACAUUAACAAACACUUCUCAUGAUUUGAUCAACAUGAGUAACUUUACAUUUGCCAAAAAAGUCAAACUCAAGGCCUGAAAAUGACAGUAAACAAAUUCACAUGUUGGAUAACAGAGACUUCUUGCGCGUUGUAUGUUAAGUAAACAUCAGCAUCUUGUCCUUUCUUUCUUUAACAGGGUCCUAAAGAUCGGCACACUGGAGUGGUACCAUGAAAAUGUCCGCGCUCGCUUCAAGCGCUUCGGCAGCGCCAAAGUGAUGAGAUCGCUGUUUAAAAGGUUGAGUGGAGAAAGCGGCGGCUCUCAACACGACCUGGAGGGUGAGUGAUUCAGUUUCAGCUCCUUUCUGCUCAGUGAAAAGGUCUUUGUAAGCUGAUUUCUGUUCCUGAAAUAAAUGUGAUGUUGGGUCCCAAAUUUCCCGACAUAAUUCUCACUUUUAUAGUCAUUUUAGUCCUGGAUUGUAAGUCACUGAGUAGAAUGAAACUCUGUCCCGAUGGCCUCUCUUGGAGGAGACUAACCGAGCGCUGACUGGUUGAGGUUUCUCCGUGUUAAACGGACGGAAAGCUGAGAUUUUGUUGACAGCUGCCAAGAGGGAAUGUCUAUGAGUGUGAACGUGUGCGAACCAAAGGUUACAAAUGUGGCAGGAUGUCAGGUCUCAGGUUGACGUUUCUUUGAAGGGGUGACCUUAACAAAUUUCCAUCUGUUACACUCAUUUUUUUUUAAAAGCCCUCAGGAGGGGCUGCGGGUCAGAAGUUUAGUCUGCAGAGCACUGCUGAAAAGUCUGCUCGGGCUUACCAUAAGAAAUCCCCAAUAAAUGAAAGGAUUCAAAGAGGUUCGACAGCUGCGGACCGUACUGUAACUGCACGGAAAAUAUGAAUCGGCCAAUUGAAUCCCUCUCUGGUGACCGAUAAUUGCUAAAACAUCUCCAUGACAAGUGUAUCCUAUAUGGGAAAAGGGUCCAUUUUCGAGUUCAGAUCCAGAAGUUGGAACAGUUUUUUGUGAAGCCCACAUAAUCCCAAAUUAUGAUGCAUGUUUGUGUGAGUAGCGUGGACAUUAUAACUCUGAACACCAUGCAACUGCUCUGGAACAAACUAAAUGUCAACCCAGUGAAGCAUGAGACUUGAGACCUUUUCCCAACAAUGACAAAAAGACAGCAUCUCGGUCCAUAGUGUGCUCUGAGCAUGCAUGUGCAGGUGUUAACAGGCACACAUAAAACAGGAUCUGGUUCCCAUCCAAAACAGCAGCAACACAUGGAAAGCUGAUAAUGACGUCACUCACUGCAAGUCUGCACCAGGAGUCACAAAGUGCACACGAGCUAGACCAUCGAGCUUUUAUCGGUGUGUGCACGGUUAUUUUGAAAUUCUGUGAAAAUUUACAUCCAAUUCUUAAAUUCUAAAACCGCUUACAGGUCAACGACUUUUCUGAAAUACUUUAUCUGAAUCCAGCUGAGAAGUACGAUCCUUUAUUUGUCAAACAUUCGUGUAUAUCUACGUUUAUGAUCUGGGUUUACGACCGCUGCCAUGGCUGCAUUUGUUGUUCUUCCUUAUUCAGUCAGCUCGCAUCCUAAUUUGCUAAUAUUUUAUAUUUUGUGAUAGUGUUGGGCGGUAUGAACAAAAUCUUAUAUCACGGUGUGAGUAAUUUUAUAUCACGGUAAAAUUACUGCCAAGCUCUUUUUUUUGUAUGAGAGGAGCUGCUGCAGCUUUAGUUUUUGGUGCAGCAGGUGCGUCACGCAUCUUUUGGCUCUCAUAAUAGAGUUUGGCGUGUUUCAUCUUUAGGAGGUGGAAGAGGUUGUUGGUGUAAGGACAGCCACACGACACUCUUUGCAUAUUAUUGUUUUUUCAUCAUUGUCGGAUUUUCUAAAUCCGAAGAAUCUCCAGACAACUGAUGUCGUGACUCGCGCCCUUCUUCAGAACGAGUUCCUCCUCCUCUUCCUCGUGUUGGGUGGGUUGGGCUGCCUCCGUUUGCUCGGUACUGCCACUAAUCUCCGCGUCCGCCAUGACCACCACCAGUUAAGCUGUUUCCUCCUCAUCGAAACUUUGGCACGACACGCUGGUGAAUCUAUGGAAACGCACCCAAACAGAUGCGCGCCGACUUUCAUGUUAGCGAGCGCAGACAACGACACACUGACUCAGAGAGACACAGCAGAUAUCUGAUCUCUCUUUCCAGUAAAAACAGUACAGCAAAUUUCUACCGGUAGUAGGCCUGGACGAUAUAGAAAAAAAGCAUAUCGAUAAAAAAUAAAUCAUAUUGAUCGAUAUCGAUAAUUAUCGAUAUAAUUAUUAUGAUUAUUUGACAUAUAUUUUAAUUGCAGCCCUGGAUGUUUUAUGCUAUUGCUUAAUGACCUACUUUUAAUAAAGAACACACAAGCACUGAAUUCAAAUUCAAACCUUUAUUCAACCACCUUUUUUAUUUUACCACAACUGAAAGUUUUUUAAAAAAGAACUAAAAAAAAAAAGAAAUCAACUUAAGUGGCCUGAGUGACGUCAGUAAAUACUGACAAACAUAAAGACUAAAGUGACCAGAAAAUCUGAUAAAUAAAUAUUUAAAUAGUCUUUUGAUGAAAAUAAACAAAACAAACAAAUAUAUAAAUAAACAGAAUAGCUUUAGGUGGGAAUAGCAUACUACCAGUUUUAACUGUGUGGGAAACUGCCCACAGCCUGGUGUCUGAACACUGAAAUAUUUCUCCCGGGGUCGGGAGGUUUAUUUUUUUGAAAUAUCAUGUGAUUGACUUAAUACACAAACUAAGCACGAGAAGCAGGACUUAUCCACGCCGGUGUUGUGUCGUAGAAUGCACCCCUGCCGAAUGCACCCCCUGCUAGUAGCCAUGAUCCAAAUACUCGCGUCUUUGUAAAAUAUGAGCUCAUUUUCUUCCACUUUAAGAAGCUAAUGAGUGGACGGGAUGCAGGGGUGCACUCUACGGCAAACACCGGAACGUAUUUCCUCCCUUCUCACCUUUUCAACCCCUGACCCAUUUUAAUGCCUGAAGCGCUGUGUUUGAGAAAUACUUACGGCCGGGCACUUCAUAUCGCGGGUCGAGAGUGGCUAAAAGCUGGUCGAAGCCAGGCUUUUCAACGGUAGUUAUUGGCAGUAUGUCCCUCGCUAUGAAGCAUGUUACUGCAUGGGUGAUGUCCUUAUGCCGCUCGGACGCUUUGUCGUAUUUUGGCAAGAAACGAAGUCCAGUUUGGUCUGCUUCACAUGCUUUGUGCUGGUGCUGGCAGCGGUUCCUCCGACGAUGACGUGGAGCUGCGGCGCGGCCGACACAGCUCCUACUCCUGUGGGUGCGAUCGGUUUAGAUGGUAAAACAAGACUUGGUUUUUACUAAUUCUCUGCAAAUUUUGCAAACGACCGCUGUUCGCUUUUUGUCAGACUUCUAAAAACCAAAACAUUGCCAUGCUGGUGAACUACUGAAACCUUUUUUCGGGACAAUGUCCUCCGCUUCUCCUUGCUGUAUAAUUUUUUCUAAUGCACGUGCUGUCUGUUGUGGUUUGAGAGGGGCUGGGCUUGGUGCCGUAGCGUACCUGGGUCUGCGUUUGUGAUUGGUUGGGAGGAAGUAAUGACUGUAGUAAAAGCUACAUGAUAGGCUAUGAUGAAAAAGAAAGGGAAACUGUGUUUUUCUAUCGAACUUUUUAUCGACCCGUUUUUUUUCUAUCGCACCACACGUCUAUCGAUCGAUAUAUAUUGUUAUCGAAUUAUCGUCCAGCACUAACCGGUAGGCACUUUUAUACCGCCCAACACUACUUUGUGACAACAGACAGACCAUCUUUGGACUUCUUUAGGUGCCGCUGAGUUCAAACUCUUUGUGUAAAUGCAGCAAAAGUCCUGCGUUUUCAGUCUAACUGUAAAUGUGUAGUUGUAGUUGUCUUCCUCUCAUAUGUCAGCCACCUGUCGAUCAGAGCCUCCAUUUCUGUGACAUUGAGUCACAAGAAUUAAGUUUCCUUUCUCUUUUUCGGAUAGGAAGCAGUUAUCAGUCUGCCAAAUCUGUCACAGGGAUUUAAUCUCCUCCAUCUUUCCUGUUUUUCCAGCUCUGGCUCCUCACAGCUGUGCCGACUGCUGUCACAGACUAUACUAUCUCUGGCCGUGUCAUCCAGUGCUCACUUUCAGCUCUUAACUCAGUCUUGUUGUCGGACACUUUAACAGCCUUCUUGACCUUUUUAGACGGUUAUAACCAGAAGUAUUAACACGCUAAAGAUCCUGUUUAUAUUUGCUGCUGGUGUUUACAGUCUGAUCCAGUGACGGCACGAGGCUUUAUCAAAACCUUUCCACCACCUUUCCUCUCUUUUUGAAGUCGCUCACACGGCAUCACCGAUAUCUUCCGGCCCCACCCAGAGCGUUCCAAACCAGUGCCCUUGAAGCAUGGACUUAUUAUACGCAGCAGGUCUCUGAGUGAGCUCAUAGCAUCAGGAGAUCAAUGAAUUAUGAGCAGACAGCCAAGACUCCUGGUACUACUUACGCUGAGUCACCCUGGAGGAUUUUGGGAAAGGAUACGGAGUGAGUUGGCUUAGCCUGGCGGGCCUUGUGAUCAUCCAGUCACAUGUCUCCUAUUCUGUGCCUGGAAUUGAAAGCGAGAGAGAGAGAAGGAGAGAAAGACAGAAAGAGGAGGGAGAAGAGAAACUUUUGUUCUCCGCGCAUUAAUGAGGAAUAAAGCUAACAGCGUGUGCGCAGAUGUGUGCUGCAUGAAGCAAACGCAUCAUAAAUAUGCGUGUUAACAGAUGACAUGAUUAGCAUCUCAUCACAUGCAGACGUUCAUGUGACCACCUGGAUUAGAUUCAACAUGCAUGACUGUACUCUCUCUCUCUCUCUCUCUCUCUCUCUUUCUCUCUCUCCUUCACACAAACACACACACACACACACAUUCUUCUGCUGCCUCUUACUCUUACUGUAUGUGUGCUGCAGUGGUCCGCUGGGCCCCCAAAGCUCAGAGGGUGUCAUACUUCGUCUCCGAUGUCUUUGUGCUUUUGAGGAAACGUGCACAAAAAGACUCAUUAUUCUGAGUUUUGCACAAGUAGGUGUUUAACUUUUGCAACUGUUGUUUUAUCGAGACCGAAAAUUAUCAUAAUUUGCAGAGCUAAUGAUUAGACUAAUGCAUGGAGAGACUGCACAACUCCACCUCAUUCAUUCUUAUUGUAGAAAGAGAGUAAGAGUGAGAAGGGAGUUUCAACAACCAGGUCACGUCCAACAACAACAACUUUGAUGAAAUUUAAUAAAGAACAACUUAAAAAAAAAGGAGUCAUGUUUUUCUUAUUUUUCUGCCUCAUGAUUCACCAGACUAAACUGACUGAUUUAUACAAACCACGAGGAGAAGUCAACUCUUACCAGAUCUGGUUCUGAACAGAGUUAGAAACUGUCUCAGCUUCAGGUCGAGUUCUAUGUCCUCUGCUUUUUUGUAAACUUUUUUAUCAACAUCAUGUCACAAGAAAGCAGCAACCUCCAGUUUUGAGGAAUGAAGCCUCUUGAGGGUGAUGGGGAAAGCGCUGGAAACCACAAACAGAUUAAACCAAGAAAAAAAAAAGUCUAUUUUUUAGAGCAAAAGUAAACAAGUUUGCAGCCUAAUUCAAAAUCUGGUUUUGGGCUCAAGAGCUCAGAACUCCCACCGUACAGGGACCGAGUUUUUCAUAAGUCUUUCCUAAGGUUAGAGAUUGGCCAAUUAGCGACACGGCUGACUUGACUGACAGAUGGGAACACUUAAGCUUUCUGCACGGAGGUUAAAGUCCCGCCUCUGAUUGAGGUUGAGUCAGCAUUUCCAAUAUGGUCACUACUGCUUUAAGCUUCAAAACCCUUCCUCUCAAACAAGGAGGAAAUGCUACAGAUGCUACACCCAGUUAUGAGACAUCGUAGGGCUGGGCAAUAUGUCCUUAAAUCAGUAUCAUGAUAUAUUGAUCAGGUCACCAUGAUAACUACUCCACAAGCUGCUCACCCCCUCCCACAUUAACUGUCUUUCCCUCUUUGUUACAGACUGGAUGGGGUGGAGUCACGUCUCUGACGUAGGACAGCGUCUUAUAGUUACAUGAGACCAUAGCCUACCUACACACAUCCAAAACCAACUUUUAUUUAUUUAUUUUUUUAACUCUGAAUAUAUUGACAUGGGCUAAAUGACGUCGGUUAUUGUUGUAAAAUUUCAGUAUUGGUUUUUGGUUUAUCGCCCGGCCCUAUCGUAAGGUUAGAGAUUGGCGAAUCAGCGGCAUGGCUGACUUGACUGACAAAUGGGAACACUUUCACUUUCUGCAAGGAGGUUAAAGUCCCGCCUCUGAUAGAUUGACCAAAAGAUAAGUUGAGUCAGCAUUUCCAAUAUGGCGACUACUGCUUUAAGCUUCGAAACCCUGCCUCUAGGAGAUCUCAGCGAUGCUAAAAUCCCAGUUAUGAUGUAUAGUCUCAUCACCAAAUACGCUUCACGGUGUGUCUUUAGCUGGUUUGCGAGGUCAGAGGCUGAGACGGUUUGUCGAUGAUGGAUGUUGAUGUUGAAUAAAAGUGGUUAGCUUUUGUUGUAACAUUCUUCCUGCUAAGUCUUCACACACCUGUCAGUCUUCAUUUGAAAUCUAAUAUCGCUGCUCUGACUCUGACAGGCGUUUACAUGCAUUUUCCAACUCAGAAGCUUGUUUCCCUUCCGUGUUUGACACCACAUUCAUGAUUCGUCUGUCAGUGGGCCCAUCACCCCAGAGGCCCUAAAGGUCCAUUAAAGCCCAUGUUGUUGUUGUCAUGGCGAGGGCUCUAUAUACUCCUUUAAGACUUAAUCCCGCCGUGUGUGUGGUCUUCCUCUGAUCCACGUUGCGGCCUAUUAAUGUUAAAUACCGAGUGUGCAGCCUCCUAACAGCAACACUGAGUCACAGCCUUUGCGAUUGUUCAUUUAAAGCACAAUACAGCGACUCGGGGUCGUUUGACAUCAAUGCUUCGUGUUGAAUUUUCCCAUUAGAGCACUAAAAAGGUCCGUGUAGACCUUUCAGUUUUUGGAUGUCUCUCACAACGGGUACAGCGGUUUGGGAACAGACCAAAAUGUUCUGGUUUGGUUGGCACAGUCUGAGCUCCCUGGGCUUUUAUUCACAUUGGCAAAUCAAGAGUCGGGGAGCGGAGCCAGGAUUCAGCCGAGUUGGUGGAAACUUUGAGCGUCAUAAUGAAACCGUUAACGUUGUUACGGGUUGUGCAGCAGCGUUAUUAGCCGUGUUAAUCAUGCUUUCAUGUAUUAAUCUUGUUAUUUUAUCAGUAUAUUCUCGAACAUCUCUUUGAGUGAUGUGGAAAAUGUCAAUGUCAGUUUGGUCAUUUUGGUCAUUUUCCUGCAGAAACCUUCAACUUUCUCUCUUUUUCUAUUAAUCUGGGAAGCUCGUCUCAAACAUUUGCUUCUUCCUGCAGCUUCCAGUCUUUUUUUUUCUCUCUCCUCUGACUGUAUUCAAGAGGGAACUGCUAAGUAGAAAUGCAACUUAGUCAUAAACGCUCUCAUAAACUGGAGCUGAAAACACACAGUGUUCCUUUCACUGUUGCUCUGCCAGGACAAACACACAAAAAAAGGAUUUACUGCAGGAUGUACAGUGUGCAUUUUGCUGCAAACAAGUGAGAUUAGUUUGCGUCAUGAUUUGCACGCAAAAGGUUGAUGCAUUUAUGUCUUUUUUUUAUCCACAGAUGGAUACGAGGAGCACAGCAUGGACGCUGCAGAUUCACAGAACUACAAAGGGGUGCGUGCUCCAACUGUACUCCUUUCUUCUGCUCGAACAACACGCUGUUCUCCUCCGUGUUUAUUCUUUCUUACUAAUUGCUCGAUUCUUGUUUGCUCGCCGGGAGCAUUAAAUAAACAGGCAUCGCGCAGCUAUUCGGUCGGCACUUAAGUUUUAGAGAGUUUGUGGUCAGCAGAAAACAUUCCUUUGAUAUGCAUCAUAAAACAGGAAACUGAUACCGAUGUGCACUGAGACAACACAACACAACACGGCCUCAGUGAUUACAGAGAUAAUUAAUGUUGAGACUCGAGUGGAAACACAAAGGACAGCAUUGAUUUCACUCACUGAGCUCUUCCUUCUUCCUUAUUUAAAAGGUCGGAUACUUCAUUUGUGAAUGUAGAACUGAAACUCUAACACACCUCAGCAGAUAGACCUCCUUAAAACACUCUAAGAUAAAGCUAUGAUUGAUCUUAAUGUCCAGCAGCCGCCAAGUUCUUAUUUCUAACUCAUUAUUAAUGGAGCUAAUGGUCCACUCAGACUUUAAAGUAUGAAGUGAACGAAGUAUUUCUGUUAUCAGGCCUGAAACCGUCCUCUAGAUGACUGAUUGUACACGGUGAAGUGAGCACGAGCGCCUGCUUUAAGGGUCGAAGUAUCUAUUUAAAAAAAGAAGACAAAUGAAGACUUGGAGCAGAACUUUCCUGGUCCAUAUCGGUCCUGAGACUCUUGUUGUAUCGUGAAAUUAAUAAUAACAUUAAAUCUCUACUGCUUUGGCAACAAACACAGUUUUCAUCCAGUUGAAAAGCCGGUUCUGGCUCCUCUACGUACAACAGCUGCAUCAGUCAUUUAAAACCCGACACGUCAGUUUCUCAGAUUCUCUCUAGCUGUCAUUUGGAUCCUAAAAUGUGGUUCAAAACUGAGAACAUUUGAAGCCUUAAAACGGCCAAACUGUCUCACUUCACAGACCACAUGUUUCUAAACUCAGUGAAUCAUGACAGACUGGAGAUGUCUGGUCCUGCCCGAGGUUUCUGCCUUUUAGAAACAGGGUGACCAUUCGUCCUCUUUUACCCGGACAUGUCCUCUCUUUGGGGGGCUGUCUGAUCUGUCCAGGGGGAGUUUAUAAAAUCCUUUAAAUGUCUGGCGCUUUGGAUGGAAGUUUUGAGUUUGUGUAGCGUUGACCUACUGAGUUAGAAGCGCUUAAAAAACACUCGACCCGACCCGAAAAACCCUCAAAAGUUUGUGUGUGACUUACCCCCAUAGCGGUGUCCUCUUUUUGGGGAUUCAGAAUAUGGUCGCCCUAGUUAGAAGAAGUUUUUCUGAACAAUCGCAGACUAAACUUCUGCAGAUCUGCAAAUUGACUCAACACAAAAGACCUCACAGUCCAGACAUGGUCUGUUCAUAAAGUGUUUACCAAGAUUGAUCCAAAAUACACAGAAACAGAUUGGUUAAUUGUUUGAUGAAUAUUAACAUUGACUCACACUUUUGUACAAAUCCUAUUGGAUGUUUAGUUAUUGCAACUACUGACUCAGCUGCUUUGAAAGACUUAUUCAGGUGAGGAGGCAACUGGGGUCACUGUCUUGUGCAGAGGUUACAUGAGUUUCUAUAAGCGAAUGUCGUUUUUCUGCUUCUAAAUCUGUCAUAAUUUUAACCUAAAAUGAGAAAAACAGCACAGCAGCAACAUUUAAGUCUUACUCUUUCAAAGUCUUGAAAGACAAUUUCGUCCAAAUCCACAAUUAAAAGAGAUUUCCUCAUUGAAAUCUUCAACACAGCCUGAUUAGUUGAUUCCAAUGUCCUGACAGCCAAUCACAGUCCAGGAUUCCGUUGCUGCACUUAAAGUAGGCAAACAGAUUUCAAGGAGGACCCACACACCGCCGCUCUGGAUCCUCCCCUGAAAAGUAGAACACAAUAAUGGAGUCAUGCACAAAAUUUGAGAUGGUAUGAUUAAAAAAGAGGAAGUCUACAUCCUCGUGAUGAAGACCUAAUCUGAUCAGAGAAUAUUUGAUUUCUCUUCACUUACGAAUCCAGCCAUUCGCUAAAGUCACAUUUUUCUUUUGCUGUUUGAAGUCACAGACCUAAAACACUUUCAGAUCUGCAUGUGUGUGUUUUUUUUUUUUAAACAUCAGAGACUCAGCUGCUGUGUUCAGCUCUGAUCUUUGUCAGCGCAGCCCAGUCCUUCCUCUGCUGAAAGGCCGAGGUGUUUCCUACACCAGUUAUCUCUGUGAUGUAGACCAGCCCCAAACAGCAGCUGGAAUGCUUUGACAGCUCAUGAAGACAAAGGUUAGGCCCAGGCAGUGGUGUAUUGUGGGUAAAUACCACGCUGUCGUACGUAGUGCACAUGAAAGAGGGAGAGUCAGAGUUGAAAGAGUCGAGUUUCUGGUUUAGGUCCAGAUAUCGUAAAAGAGCAGCUCAGAGUCCGCUGGAACUCAUCAUAAAACCAAAAACUGCGAUUGUUUACACCACAGGCUGCGUGUAAAUGUGGGAGCUAAACUUUGUUUAUGUUCAAUCACUGCAGAGGGAAGAGAGCUUGACAGGAGUCCCGGGCUCUGCUGGGUCUCUGGAUUCUCCUUCUGUGUCUCACCGCCGAGCUCAGAUUUAGAUUUUAUUUAGAUAUAAUAUGACCGGACCUCUGAUGGAUGAUAAGACAAGACAGAAUGGGAGGAGGCCAAGUCCGGCUCCCUGCCUCUUGUACUUGACUUUGACUUAGACAGAGUGCCCCCUACUGUUUAAAACAGAGUACUGCACUUUGAAACUCCUCCCUGAUGAGUGUGAGGGGAACUUUCCGGUGCUUUUAAUCUGACAGUAAGGGACAUUUUGGAGACAAUAGGGAUUAGGCAUCAUUGGAAAAAAAAAAACAGUCUUUCAAGGCCACAUUAUGGAGCAGUAAAGUUGACUCUCAGCUCUGUGCAUCUGUUUUUCUGAAAAUGUAUGUUCCCAUAAAAGUAUGAGCUGCUCAUUCUGGACCUCCGUUAAGUUUGAAGCACGCUCAAAGCAGAUUUCUGACCCUCUCUCCACGUUGGUCCACAUUUUUUCCCUUAUAUAUACAAAUAGAGAAUCCAGCUUUGACAUGCAAGUGAACAUGUUUGAAAUGUAGACGGUUUGUACAUGUAUGGUUUUAGCACAGUUACAGUUACAGAUGCUGAUGUUCCUGCAGAAAAUGCUUUAAAACUUUACUAAUACCUCUAAAAACAAACACAAACAUUCAACCUCUAAAUGCAGUGAUUGGAAAAUACAAUCUCAAAUUAAACUUGAAUGAAAAUGUGCAGAAAGUAAACAAUAAAAGUCUAAUAUUUUAAUGUAGAUGUGUGUGCACAGUUCAAUUAGCAUCUGCAGAUAAGAUGAUAUUCUGUGUGCAUCACAAUAUCAUGAUCAAAUGGCCCUGUUGGAACAAGUUGUAACUUUGUGUGCACCGGAUAUUAUCAUCAUAUUGUGUGCACAAAAUAAUUAUCUUAGUUUUCUUAUGAACAUUAUUUUCUGUCGGGCCUCGUCAUCAUUUCUCACAGUUUUUAAAAUACAGAUUUAUUUUAAUUAGAUGAUAACUUGUGUCUAGAAUUUAUCAUCUUGUCUCUGUGCUUUGAAACACCUUUAUUUCGGCUGUCAUAUUUCACACGUGUCCUUGCCUCCUCUCCUCCUCUCCUCUUGGGUUUCACUUUUUACCAGUUUUUAUUUCGAUCAUCAUUUUCACCCCUUUACUCUCUCCUCUCUCUCUGAUGGUGAUGGUGUCUCCCUCUCUACUCUCUGAAGAUGAAAAAGGCCAAAAGGCGACUUCCUGUUGAUCCCUUUGACUUUGAGCUGGGUCACAAAUACCACACAGACUCCAGAAGAAGGUCCAAACAGGUAAAGACCGGAAAACACGAGACCAGAUUUCCAAAAGCUCCUCUGUCUGCUUCUUCUGUUUUCCUGUCUUUGGAAAAUUGUCUUUGUCUGGUUUGGCGAGUCAUCAUUAUCGUUGUAUCCGGCCGCAGUUAAUUCACGUGUUACAUCCAAAUGUGCACACUCGUGGUCAGCUCAUUAACUCUAAUCUAACCCAAAAUGUUCCUCUCUGUCCUUCCUUUACCUCUCUCUCUCUCUUCUACUUCAUCAGGCCCAGGUCUCCCACGACAUCAUGGACAUGGAUGAAGCUGUGAGGGAGUCCAGGCUCGCCGAGGCUGACAUGGCGUCCGUCUUCCACCAGAUCUUGGUCGAGCAGCGCAGAGAGCUGGAGCUCGGGAUGACUCAGAGACAAGGUACACAAGGAGGAAAACACGCCUCACCUGUGGUCACCUGUGUUCACUGUGAGCGUGUUUUAUCUCUGUAUCCUGCACUGACUAACAGCUUUAACCUCUGAUUUGUUUACACUGGCAUGACGGGGAUUUAUUCAGUCUACAUACAGUCACCUCCAACUGAAUUACAAUAAUUGGAGAGGUGCGGUUUUCUCACAUUCAGACUGAAACAGGCAGCACUUCAUGAUCUCAACACUUGUUUUUACCCUAUUUAGCUUAUUAGAUCACUAAAUUUAGCUAACCUGUUUAUCUUCCUUCAAUUGGAUUCAGAGUGCAGUGACACAGAUUCAAGGUUAGCAAACACGGAAAACAAAAUACAGCAAAAUUCAUUCACACACAGAGGCAGCAUGCAUCAGGCAGAAAGACUCGUAUCUUUCUGACUAUUCAGAAUUAAUGAAGCAGGUAGAUCCUGUUUUAGUGCAAAAACAGUUUGUUUUUAUAUCUCUGGUGUGAGGUAAAGAUAUGAGGAAGAAAACAUGUACUUUUGUCUCCAGAUCUGAUCAAACCAGCAGGCUCUACUUCUCGAUAAAGAGGACCAAGCCUGUUUGCGUAUUUGUUUCAUAUCUCUUAAAAGAAAGUUUAAGCACAAAAACUCAGCAGAGGUAUGAGAAGAUGAUGGGCCACAUAAAAGUUAAUGUGGGUCAAUGUUUUGUUCAUUAUUUCUAGAUGAUCUUGCAGACAACAGAACGAUUCCUUCUCGCUCCAUCUCGCGGCUCAGUCACUCCUCAUGCGGCAGCGGCAGCGCUUGGGGUCCCAGAGACAGCAGCAGCAGCUACCUGCCCAACCUGGACGACUCUGAAGAGGAGGAAGAGGAGGAGCACUGCCAGUCCUUCCCUCUGUACCAGUCUCACCUGGGCAGCCACACCUCCCAGGAGAGCCUGAACUCCUCCCACCCUCAGCCUCAGGUAGAAAAUACAGAUCUUACUCUUCUCUUUAACAUGCUAAAACAUCGGUGAGAAACUUUGUAUGCACACGUAACACCGUUUUGGGGUUGGUUUAAGUCAGUGGCGCUCAAUGAAAGUGAUCCAGGGUUGAAUGAAUCCCUCUCCAUACAAACUAUUUCAGGAUACUUGCAUGAAGAGCUUCAGUAAAACACUGAGAACUCUCACGUGUUGACAUGACUGACGUGUUUGUUAAACUGAUACAGAGGCCUGAGUGUCAUUAUCGUUGUGCAUGUGACCAACAGCUGAUCAGAAAUGAUGGAGAUCUGCUGCAGACUUGAGUCGACCUUUUGCUUCCUGACUUUAAUCAUCUUCACUGACAGUAAAACAACUCUGUGGUUUUCUGCUCCGCUCCAGUAUUUUCUCUUUGGCUGAGGUUAAAGUCAAUAAAAGUCUUUUUGUACGCAGGAUAAUCUUGAGGCUUUAGAAAUUAUUAUGAUGCCAUUUGUAGCCUGUUAAAAGCUGCUUUGACUCGCUGAGGGGAUGUGAGUCCUGUGGCUCCACCAGCCCAUUAUGUCAGCGCCCACGAGGCGGUGCUUUGGCGUCUCUUCUCACAAUGGGAGGAAAUGGAGGCGUGCCAACAUUAUUAAUAAACUCUGCUGUCGCUUAUACCAGUGUGAGGAAAAAAAAAAAAACAGGCAGGAUCACAAACCGGGCUUUUCUUUACUAUUCUAACUACGACUAAUAACAUCUGACUGAAGAGUCCAGCUUUGAUUCUGCUGUAACAUCGAGCUGGAAGGAAUUUGCUUCAUAAAAACGAGCAGUAAAGAGUCAGAAAACGCUGUAAAAGGAUGACUAUGAUUUAUUUUGGCUGCAGUGUAAAGGAAAGAGAAAUGAGAGACAGCAUAUAAAAACUGUAUGACGUGCACAAGAAGACCCUUAUUCUACACAUACAGAAUGGACCCAAAUACAAGGAGGACUGUCUUAUAGUCAGGGUUUAGUAAGUGUCUGAUUUGAUCCUGGGGUUUAUCUUCAUCAACUCUUCGUGUAAAAUCCACCAGCAGUGUUCUCACAAUAACUUUCGUACAUGUCUGGGAUACUCAUCUGUUCUUUUAUCCCAUAAGAAGUUCAGUGUAUUUUUCAGAAACUGUCCAGGUCCAGAUAUCUGUUCAUUUCCUCAUACUGACUCACUGUGCAUUAACAUAAGGAGAUAGACCUCCUGCAUCCUCUGUGAGAGCAGCACAGGUGUCACAGUGACCUGAAAGCAGCAGGUGACAUAAAACUGCAAAACAAAUAACUGAGGGAGGAGGCAUUCAGCAUCCUUACUGUCUCAGCUGAGAGUAACACAUCCAAAACAGCACCUGGGAAACAAAAAGUAGACCAACGUGACAUGAUAUGUUUAGUUGAUUUAGUUUUCUCCUCAUGUUGUUUCUUUGAGUGUAUUUUGUAUGUUUUUCCUGUUGUUCCUGUUCCCCUGUUGUCUUGUCUUGUGAGUUUUCAGUUUGUGUCUGACCCUUUUUCCCUCGUGUUCUCAGUGUUUCAUUCUGUAGAUCAGUUUUUAGUACUUCCUGUUUUAUUUUGUAGUAAUCCAUCAUUGUGUUUCUAGUCUUGUUUUACUUCCUGUUUUCGCUCCUCUGUAAUUGUGUCUCAGUGCCUCACCUGCCUCUCGUUGCUCGCUUCCCUUUGUGAUUAUAUAUGGUCUCUGUCUUCCCCUGUUUCUUUGUUGGUUCAUUAUAUGUCCGUGUGUGUGUGUGUGACAGCGCACGCUUGUCUUCCCAGUGAUUCUCCAAUGAUCCAGGACAGAAAUAUGAAAGAUAUAUCUGUUUUCAACAACUUAUUUUAUUCAGCUUAUUCUAUCAUCGGUUUUUCUGCAAAUCAAGACUUGGGGGGGGCUCCAUUAAUUUUCUAUUUGAUUUAACUAAACGACUCAAAAGACACCAAAAACAUCAACUUACCUUGUUAAUCAUGAUGAGGUUUUUGUCUUCUCUUGGUAUUAACAGAUGCGUGCAUUAGGGAUAAGAAAUGUGCGCAAAGAUGGACGAAUGUUGCACAGAUAUCUCCCUGUUAACCAAAGUUAGUUUUGAUGGUGUAUCAGAGAUCGAUGUUGAAAGUUUGGUCCCUUUCCGCCAAGUUUUUAACGUGCAUAAUAAUGAUGACCAUUUGACUUAAACUUCCAAAAAAACAUUGACUCAGCUUCCUCUUUAUGUCUGCAAGGCUUUAAAAGAAGAAAACCAGCAACAUUCGACCACAUGCUAUAGCUCUGAUCUUACAGAAAAAUGUGUUUGGAGGAAUUUUCUCCAUAAAAAUGAGCAAUAAAGACGAGAAAACACUGUAAACAAAACAAUUAAAUUAUAAAGCUCAAGAGUCUGUGUUUAUGUUGCAUGAAAAGAGGAGAGGAACAAAACUCUUUAUAAUAUGUUACAUGUGUCCAAUAAUGAACUGUGGUUUCUAACUCUGACUCUCGAACGCUCACAUGUACGAGUUCAUCAGGUUGAAAUGUCGGGUGAUGAAGGGGGGACAGCUGCUGCUGCAUCACUGGGCGGUUUCUGCCUACAUGACAUCAUGGUCUAUUUAUGUGCUCACUUAAAACUCAGCCUCUGGAGAGAUUCACAACAACUGCAGCGUUCAUGGGAAGCAGAUAAAAAACAGACUUUGUUUACCAUAAGUUUGGCUUGCUUUCCUCAACGCUGUCAGCGGCCUACGUGUGUCCUUGUGUGCCCUCCAACUUUUGUGUCUUUGAGCUGAUCCAGACUCGCUGGAGGACUAAAUGUUCGUUUAUAGGGGUACAACUCGGCCUCUGUGAAUAUGAAAAUAAAAGACGACAUUAGCCAUGUUUACAUGAGCGAAAUGUCUUGAUCUGAUUAAAAAUUUGAGGGAUCGGAUAAUCUGAAUCUGCUCUUUAUAGAAUCAAAUAAUCUGAUCAUGACGUGCGUAUACAUGCACCAAGAUUUAUUCAGAUUAGAAGCCUUUGGACAUGUGCAGAGUUGUCUUAUUUCGCUAAAACAACCGCAGAAGAAGAAGAAGAGUUGUAUUAACACCUGUGCUGUCAACAAACGCAGUAGUGGCGCACUCCAUCCAAUUCAGGAUGUUCACCACUGUUAAAUGUUGUCACUAGAUGGCGCCCUUGCUUACUUAUUUUACUGUUCUAUCAAAGGUUGCACUGUGCGAGCAGAUGUGACAUCAUUACGCUGUUUGUACGCCUUGUUAUGUUAUUUUUUGCGCCGAUGUAAACGCAGCUCAUGACAAUAGAAGCAGAGUCUCAACUGUCCCAUCUAGCUCUGUGCCGGGCCAUGACUCUCUGAAUGGUUUGAUUAAAAAUGACUUAAAUCAAAAAAAGAAUUGAUAUUUCACUUCCUGACUAAAAAUGUAAUCGUUUUCUUUCACGUGUGCGGUAAAAGCUUCUUUUCUGUCGUCUCUAUAUUCUCCUUUUGCAUCUGGGCUGUGCUGGCUUUGCCUCAUUUUUUCAAGGACCCUCUUGAUGAUUGUUAAAUCGGGUCUGCAGAUGAAGCGAUGUGACUCUGAGCUUUGAAGAGAGCAUGUGAAAGAGCAGCGUGCACUUUAUCAAGACGGUCAUAAACUGGACGCCAUCUGUCUUUUUGAGACACAGAUGUUUUGGUGCCAAUAAGUGGUUGUUUGCGUUGUUUAGUGUGCGUGAAAUGGAUAUCGUGUGAUUUUAUUUCACUCAAGCAGUUUUAUAUUUGCUUCACCACCUUGUUGCCUUGAAGAAACGACGAGUUUUAUCUGGUGCAUACUUUUCCAAAUACGAACUUUUCCCUUCCAACUGUGCCAUCACUCCUUCGUCAUCCAAAUUUCUGCCUUUUUUUCCAGAUCACUGACCUGAACAGACGCAUGUCGGCCAUCGAGAACCUCUUGAACCACCUGGAGCAGAAGGUGACGUCACCGUUCGACCAGGUGAAGUGAUUAAAAAACACGCCGCAGAUGCCAAAUAACCAUCAGUGUCAUCAGCAAACCUGCACACAGCUGCUGCAGGAGCUUUGGGAAUCGCAGAAAGAAAUUCAAAACUGAACGCUUUAACCAGCUGGCAGGGACGUGUUUUCGCGCAGAACGCCAUGGCAACAAAGACUCUGAUCAGGAUCCUUGUUUGAGCUGCAGAGAUUGCAGUAGACAUAAGGGAGGUUUCUAAAACACUAGCUGCAGUUAUGUUUGCACAUGAGAUUCAUAUUGAUCAAACUGUAUAUGAAUUAUGACCUCUGCUCUCUCCAGGCCAAAGAAAUGAAGAUCGUAAAAUGUUCAGAAUCCUCGUGCAGCACUUACACGCUCACAUUUUCGUGCUGCUCACACACAGCUGGUGCUAAUUUAAGCUGUGGAUGUUUUAAAGGGGAUGUAUACUGGGAUCUGGCCCAGUAAUCACAAACUGUACUGGAAUGACCUCUGAGUGACUGCCAUGUUUCCAUACAUACAGGGUUUAACCGCAGCUUACACAAAUACAGGAAUACACAAGGGGAUUCGUACAACACAGAGACGUUAUAGGAUAUGUGAUGGUCCGCUGAGUGGUUUGCAUUUCUUUGUGUGUUUGUCAGGUGCGCACCAUAUUGGCUGCAUUUAGAUCCAGGACUACAGUUGAAGAUUCUGUUCUGAAACUUUUGUUUCAUCGAUCAAAUAUAGUCGACUUGAGCAGGAUUGUUUUGGUUUUUAAAGUAGGUAUUUGUAUGAUUAAAUAGCAAAUUUCAACAUUUAGUCUAGGAACAGAGAUUGGAGGCUCGGGUGGAUAACUUUGGUGCAGCUAAACUUGGUAAACUUGAACUUAAGUUAUUUCUAGAUUUAAAGACUGAAUACCCUGUCCAAGUGACCCAUCUCACUCUUAGUGUGGAUGUUUCAGCGCAGCAGAUCGGUAAAAGGAGUAAUUCAGUAAUUCAGAGCAGGAAUAGUGAGGUCUGUGAAUAAUUAAAUUAAUUAGAGUCUGGAGUUUAUUGACCAGCUGUAAAAGCGUUUAAAUUGUGUUUUUCCAGGUUUUUUUCCCAGGCUUCUCAUAAAGUGGAGACAAAGAUUAAUGCAUCACUUUCGAGGCGUUUAAGUGAUAUAAAACCUUAAACCUGAAGGUGUGAGAAAAAAUGAUUGGAUCGCUAAAAAGAGCUGCUUCAAAUUUUAGAAAUUGGCGAUAAAAAUCAAGUAUUUGCAACAAGUGUGAGUGUUUUUAGGUUUAUAUUAUCUUCUUUGUGACGCCUCUGAGGGGUUAGCAAAGAUUGUCAACUUUAAAGAGAGUUAGCAGCUAAAGAAACAGAUCUGUUGUUUUUGCAGCAGGGGGUCGUUCAUAGUUAAGAGUCGACUUAAGCAUAUAGAGGACAUGAGGAGCAAAUGCUGCUUUGUCCACAGGGGGCGCCAAAGUCGACACAAACUGAAAAUUCCUCACUGGAGCUUUAAGUAAAGUACUGGGGAGCAUCACUAAAACAACAAAAAUAGAGCGUAUGAUGAUUUUAAUGUCAGAAGUUGACUCCUCAGAUUUUGUCAUUUCUUAUGUUUCCUAUUAAAGAGCUUGCGAAGCGCCUUGUGUUUCCCGCCCACACAAACUGACGUCUUCCAGAGGUUGUUAAAAAUGCUGAAUUUGACAAAAACACCCUGAAGUAGAAAGAACAACAACAAAAGUUUCCUCUUUGAAGCUCCACGGUGGUCACCAGACUCAUUUUUCAUCAGACCUGCUGCUGAACUCAAACAUGUCCUCUCAGAUAAUCUAGUUCCCCUCCAAAUAAUAAACUAAUUUAUUUGCAAUUCAUCGUUCAGGCUGAAGCGUAAUGAAGAGGGAACACAGCUCGUUGUCUUCCCAUCUGAAGUGAUCUCUCAUGUGGUCUGGUGUCUGCUUUUAAUUGGGACUCAGGCUCUGAAAUCCACAUCAGUAUUAUCAGAGCCAUAAAAAAACAGAAAACCAUAAAGAAACAGAGAACGAGGGUUUGUCUGCUAAUUAGUGGCUGCAGGGCUUCAAAUGAGAACAAUAUCGGAUCGACUCAUGCGCUGGCUUUCUUGUGGGAAACCGCAGUUUAAAUCAAUUUGCAUACAGCACAUGCUGUGCCAGUCGUGUCUGUGGAUACUCUGCAUGCAACUUGUCGGCCAUAAUGUCUCCUUAUUACCCCGGGUAAAGAGAGUCUUGUUAAGAUUCCCAGGGAGCAAGCAGAGGAAACUCACAGAAACACGGUUAAAUAUGUAAAAUCGAACAAAGAUGCAAAGCUGAAACUCAAAGCAGUGAUUUUCUCUGUUCCUGCAGACCAGCCAGCCUCCUCUGACUCCAAACAGCACCUCUCCUCUCCCUCAGUGGGAGGAAGUCGACCUGGAGGAGCAGCAGCUGAGGCAGAAGCUGCACGAGUUGACUGACAACAUCAGUGACCACAGCCUGAGCUCCGACGAAGACGAGUCCAGCAGGCCUCUCUCCUCCCAAGACAUCCCAGCGUGGAGGAGCCACGAGAUGGAUGCCAAACCCUCGAGACUGCCUACCAGACCCACAUCCAGAGCCAGCAGCAACAUCUCCAAGGUGGAGGAGCAGCAGCAGCUCUGUGAGGUAGAGGAUUCAGUGCGACACAUUCCUCCCGGAUUAAAACAUCAUGUAACGCCAGAGCGUUCAUAAGAAACAUACAUGCGGCACAUCUGGAUAGUUGCACACUCUGUUCUUUUAAAAACAGCCGGCUCAUGAAAUUCCAUACCACCUCUGCUGGAAGCUGCUCCGGCACAUACUGCCGUCAUAAAUCAAGUCACUCGGCCUUGGAGUUUAUUUUUUCUUUGAAAUCGUUUCUCUGAGUUUCUUUAAAACACAGAUCUGAGCAGGAACACGACCCCCGCUCUUAGCAAAGUCCUCCGAACAGUGAAGUUUUUUCUCCUCCUCUACUGUAACCUCGCUGCAGAGAUGGAGUGGUCUGUUAUAUAAUCUUGUUUUUUCAAACACCGCUCAUUAAAAACUGCUUGUUCAAACUGCGUGCGCUCACUCAAGGACUCUGCGUCUCAUAUAUCACCAGACCGGAUAGAAAGAGUCUCUGAAGUCCGGACAUCAUACAGCCCAGAGCUGUUAGAGCUGGUGUUUUCUCUCACAGCGUAUUAUGACUGAAAGGGUCAAAGGUCAGCUGUUAUAGACCUCUGAUCCCCGCAGCCCUUGUUUUGGGUUCUGGCUCGUGUCAAACUGAAAAACUUCUUCUGCCUCAUCGGCUGUAAUUCAUGAGUGACAACCUGCCGCCUCAGAAGAUUAUCUAACGUGACUGAAGGGAAGGGAAUUACAAUCCUGUGAGGGGGUCUGGAUCUGAAUCUGAAUCCUGGGGGGGGUUACAUAAGACAUAAGGGGUUAACAUUUAUGAUGUAUGACGCAGACGCGUUUGUCCAAAGAGAGUAAGAACAACACAAGGAAGAAUCUGGCGCCACAGAAGGCUUCAGGUCCACCUGGACUCAGGUGCAGCAACAAACCCAGAGUCCAGAUUAGUGGUGAACCCCAUUAUCUCGCUGUUUCUCAGAGAAAAGUAUUCAAAGCAUGUAGAGCUAAACAAUAUAUCGUUUGAGCAUCGCUAUGUGUGUGCACGCGAUAGUCAAAUUGCAGAGACUGCCAUGUUGGAGGUGAAUGAACUCAUCUAAUUUUAAAGUUAGAUGACUGACAUACACGGCAUGUGACUCUGUGCAGCUAUUCACCAAUCAUAUUCAUUCUUUACUUAGAUACCAGCCGUCAAUCAGAAUCAGAGAGGUGAAAACCACGCCCCUGCACAUGGAGUGUGUCGCCGGCGCUGCCGGUGUUGUGCCGAGAAACGCGUAUCUGCCGAGAAUUACUUUCAGAACAUUACUUAUAACUGUUCAGCCCCUCAAAUAAGAACUGUAUGGGUUUUAAUUGUACAUUUCUGUGGAGCACUCUACUAUAAGCAGUGCGCGUUUUGUGAGGUGCAUGCAAUUCUCAGCGAACAUGCAUUUCUCAGCACAUCAACUGUGACAACAACGAUUGCAAAAUGAGCAACGAACAAGAGAAAACCACAGAAAUUAAGACUUGAUGCCAAAAAUAAAAGCAACGUCAGUUAUCUGGAAUUAUUUCAGUUACAAGAAGGAUGAUGUCGACUAAAACACGUGUUCUGUGUUCAUCUGUCGCCACAAUAACGUCCCAGCACGAUAAAAGCUAAAAUACCUCUAAGACAGACAGAAGCCACUCUACUAACAUUCACAAAAAAGAGGGAAGAUCAGAGCAGGUUAACUGUCCUCAAGAUUUCAGCAUAAAGUGCUAUUCUGGUCAUCUGGUGAAAAUAUCGCAUUAUAUAUCGCAGGGUUGACAAAAAUUGCAGUGUUAAUUUUUUCCAAUAUGGUGCAGCCUUAGAAGUAUGUCUGCUGGUUUGUAAAGUGCAGAGUGGUUUAAGACCCAAAGACUUCUGUGAUGUUCCAGUCCGGUCCAGUCCUGUACAGUACGAACCAUCUGGGACAGGUCCGCUUUCUGUCCCCUGAGAAAUGGAGCAGCGUAUGUUCCUUAUGCUCCAAAUAUCUAAAACAGACUCUCAGAAAACAUCAGGUCCCCAGACUCACUUCUUUACAGCUGUCUUUAUUUAACUAUUUGAACAAAUGUGCUGUUUUUUUAGAGUGUUAUCUGAAAGUCUCUGAUUUACUACUGAAAUAUAAACUUGUGAUGCAUACAUUUUUCCUGAUUUCUGUCCUACAUGGACGUACAAUAAAGUGCUUUCUCUUUAAUAGACAAACCAUUCAACAGACAGUCUGGAGAGGAAGCGGCUCCCCCUGGAGGAGGGCUCUAAGUCAGGUUUCAGAGGCUCGACAGCUUUACUGGUGGAGCUGGAGGACCAGGUCGCUCAGGCGGCCGCCAACGUCCAGAACGCCCAGAGCGAGGUGAAGAGAAACGAUCAUCUGAGUUUAUCAGGCUCUCUGUGAUGUUUCUGUUUUUUCUGUGUUUCACUUCUUUCUGUCUUUUUAUCUGAAGGUGUCUUACAUCGAGAACAGGAUCGCCGCCCUGAACGCCGCAGGCAUGCCGGUGGACAAAAGACGGAGGGUAAACAUGAUCAGUUUGAAAUCUUCUCCAGAUUGAAAGUGCGGGCUUGUUCUGUGCACCGCAGUUAUUUUUAGAGGCACAGCUGUUUAAGACAUGGAUUUAAUUAUUCUUAUUGACACAGCUCUGAGGCCCCGCCCAUUUACACUCAAAUCCACCAAUAAGAUAAUAUCUCUCACCAGAGCAGGUCUAUCUCUCAUAUCUGUUAAUAAAACUCUGACAUAUUUUCACACGUUUAAUCUUUCUCUUCUCUUCUUCCUCUGUUGUCUGAUAAAGUCUGCGAUCCCGGUCCAAGCGAGGAGACUUUCCCACAACUUUCCCACAAGUAAGAACCCACUCUGCAGCCCUUGAGCAGGAUCCCCAGGGCCCCUCCGUAUGACUCAAAGCAUCUUAACCUUGUUAAACCCCGAGAACACGAUGAUCUAUUUUACAAGCUGGUGAACACUCUGUCCUGUUGGGCCGUGGAUUCACUUUUUCCAGAUGUAUGUCCGAUUCUCUGUUUUGUUACAUGUGAAAUUCCCACGGUCGUUUCACAUGUUAGAGCCCCGAAAAAUCUUGAAUUAUUCAAAAUAUCCAGUUAAUUAAAAGGGAAUUUCACUUGUCAAACCUGGGACCAAUUUACCAUGUUUUCCAAACAUAAAUCAGUAAAAGAAAGAAAGUGUUUUUUUAAGAGUUAUAAAGAGUCACUGUGAUUUGCAGCUGAAAGUGGAGCUGUUAUGGGAAAAUGUGAUCUUUAGAUUGAUAAUUAGAGUUAUUGACAACAUUACAGAAAGGAUGUCCUCAAAAAUACACAGUUUUAUUAAUGCAAAAUGCCUUCUAGCUAGAAAUACUUGUCUUUAAAGCCAGCAGACUCCAAUAAUGUGUCGCCAUCGUGUGGCAUUACUGUCUCCAGACAUCUCUUGAUCUCUUUGACUACUUCACGAAAAUUGUAAUACGCCUUGCUGGUGGCGGAUUUAAAGGCGAGAAGAGGAGCUUAUGUUAUUGGUCAAUACAGGUCUCGGCUGUGUUAAACCCACUCCACGCCCUCUCUCCUCCCUCCCUCCCUACGACUAACGCCGCUGGGAGGAGCUGAGUUAGGGACGGGGGAUACUUACGCCGGGCUGCGCCGCUCACCAAAAUACCAAAUUGUGCUUGGGAACACCUUGUCAGCGCCACGUCGCCGGCAAGGCACGAAAAUAGAGCCCCAGUGUUUGAAACAAGCGCUACUUCAUGGCCCCUUUGCUCAGUUGAUGCGCCUAGAUUAUGCUUCUUGUGAAACUUCUCUAGCAUCAGGUUCCGUCUCGUUUCUUUAACCCUCUGGUCCUGGAAGAAGCUCCUAGUUUUCCCUUCAAACAAGUCAAAUAGAAAUCUAUAAUCCUGCUUUAAGAGAGUGAAACCAAAUGAAGGACCAGAUUGUACAAUGUGGAUGCUGUAUGUUUGCAGACCAGGUGGACAACUUUAUGAGGAACACCCUCUACAGGGGCUCCCUGACUCAGAGGAACCCAGUGGCCAAACCCAAACCCAAGGCUCCCUGUGCGGUAUGACCCCGCUGUGUGGUGCUGGACCAAAUGAAGAGUUUAUUUCCGAUUUUAUACAGAAAGAAUUAUUUUAAAAAAAAUCUGAAUUCAGUAUAUGACUGUAAAUGUGUCAAACUUCAGCUCCAUGUUUGGAAAUGAACUCUUCAUGUACUGGUUACGCGCUCUGAUGGUGAAGGCGGCUGCUUGGUUGGAGGCUGGUUUGGUAACAGGCUUUGUUGUGGUUUCAAAUCAGUGUUUACUGCUUCAGUUUUUACAUGUUCGAUUUCAGUCAGUUGAACUAAUUCUGGGCAUUUUUGCAGCAUUUCAAAAGUUCUGUGCCGACUUAAUCUGUUAUACCUCAGAGUGAUAAGAAGCUUUUUUGUCCUAAUUUAACACCAGCUUUGAGUUUUUGUGUUGUACUGUGAUCCCAAAGAUGCUUUUUUUCACCUGCUUUAGCUGUGCUUGCAUUUCAUAAAGAUGUUUUUGAUAUUUCAGAUCAAUAAUAGUCGAAUAAAAAGGAUUCAAGAUCAGGUUUGAUCGCUGACAGCAGUUUGCUGUUCAAUUGAACUUAAUUAAAGCUUGAUCAACAUGAGUCUCUGGGUUAGUAUCUACUGUUUAGUCAUCAUCUGCACACUUUAGAGGACAUUAAAGCUCCUGUGAGGAACUUAAGCUAUCAAACCCCGUCUAUGUACAAAAUUAUACCUCAAAUCUCUGGUCAGAUUGAUCAGAUCUGGCCCUGCAUACUGGCAACAUCCAUGCCACGAAGCCUGAUCAUGUCAACAUGCUUUUAUUUAAUCAAUAAGAACAAGAACACGCAGAAAACUGGACACAUUCAGUUCAUUCAGUCUCCUCACAGGACCUUUAAGUCGCAAUAGUGCACCAAAGUAGGAGUGUGAUUUUCCUCCUCUUCUCGAUAAUCAAUCACAAACUCUCUCAUCUCUUCACAAAGACGUGAUUCAGCUCCUGCUGUGGUUGUUUGGGUCUCUGUUGCUAUGAGUGAAAUCAUGACUAAUAAUGAAUUCAUUAACCCGAUCACAGCAUGACAUGAUUGAUUCUCUGUUAAUCAAACAGCCGGUGAUUGUCUGUGUCUGUGUGUCUCUCUCUUCCUGCAGAAACCAGUAAUGACGCAGGGCUCAUGAGGAGGCGGCUCAGCAUCUUGUGACUGAUUCAUGAUUUAUUUUAUUCGAUGUUUUAUUUUGAAAUCGUCAUGUGGUUUUUUCUGACUGAGAUUCAACAAUAAGAGUUAUAGCAUGUUUUUUAAAUUACACACUAACUUUGUCUGACCCGUGUGUUUUUGUAUCCAGAAGAUUUUCAUCCCUUAUCCUGCAAAAUAUUCACCUCAAUGCAUUCAAUGAAAAAGUGAUUUUGUAUAUCAUAAUGUAAAGAAAAUAACAUUUACAGUUUUUCUUUUUAAUGCUCGCUUGGUGCAAAAGUAGA